AUGCUGUAUGGAUCUCGCUAUGGUAUUAAUUUGCUAUCUUAUUGGCGUACGCUAUUGGCAUCAUUACAGCGUCCACAUAGUGCCUUGUUGGUCGGGUACUUCAGUAAGGUGGAACUGUCACAUCCAAAUGCUGAACUGAGACUGCUCGAAGUAUUCUAUCAUAAGAUUUACAAGAUCUUUCCACUAACAGAGAGAAUUGAGAAUAUAAAUGAUCAAUAUUGGACAUCGCGUGCAGAGGAAAUUCCAGAAGAAGAGAAAGAUCUGGGGCCCACAGACCGGUUGAUCCAUGUUUACCAUUUCACAAAAGAGACGACACAUAACCAGAUGCAAGUGCAAAACUUUGGAGUUAAGGUUGCAACCCAUAAAUUAGAAUACAAGCAAAUGCUCAAACAUGUGGAAGGCUACAAAUGA